CCCUCCCCCCAGGAACUACAAGCCCUGCAAUCGAUCUAGUACAAAAGGGACCUCUGCUCUCUUCUGUUUUUCAGCUCUACUGCACUGCGCUGUGGGUGUUGUUAUGAUGGUGACUGAGCAAGAUUCGUCGUCGAUUCCUAUCAUAAUCGACUCUUUCUCCGAGUCAUGUGACCACUCACUGGUGGGAGGAAAGGCUCGGAACCUUUGGUUGUUAGGGAAACGUGUGCCGGCCAGUCGAGUUCCUGAUUGGUUCUGUGUCACCACCGAGGCAUUUACUCAAUUCAUACAAGGCAACAAAUUGAAGAACUCUCUUUCCGUUGACUCGUCUGAUGUGAAGGGCAGCUCUGAGCGUGUAGGCUCACUCAUAAUGGACUCCGUGGUACCAGGUAGUUUGAAAGAUGAGAUAGCUCAGAGAUUGGGGCAGUCUCCGUACAGUGAUGGGUUUGUGGCGGUGAGGUCGAGUGGUACUGAUGAGGACUCGUCAGCACAUUCCUUUGCAGGUCAGUUUGAGAGCUACCUGUUUCAGAGUGGAGGAGAUAUGAUUCUAAAAGCACUUAAGAAAUGCUGGUCUUCCUGCUUCUCUGAGAGAGUCAUGAGACAUCGCCUUGACAAUGGGAUGCCCACUACUGGACUCAGAAUGGCCGUCAUUAUUCAGGUGAUGGUGAACUCUGCUGUGAGUGGGGUAGCGUUCUCUCGUCAUCCUCUCUCCCCCAUCACCAAGGAUGCCGUACUAGUUGAGGCGGUCUAUGGCCUAGGGGAGGGGCUUGUCAGUGGAGAGCUGGAGGCGGACAGAUACGAGGUAUCCCGACAAGACUUUAAAGUGGUGUCAGAACUUGCCGAGAAGCCGGAGAAGUUUGUGCAGGAUGCUAGUGGUGGCCUGAGGCGUGAGAGUGUGGAGGAGGGACAGCAAAAGACAGCUGCACUGACGGAUGAGCAGGCUGUGGCCAUUGCUAAGUUACUAGUCGACUUGGAAGAUGCGUUUGGCACUCCACUUGACUUUGAAUGGGGCAUAGAAAAAGCGGAGCUUUACAGUCUUCAAGCCCGACCGAUUGUGACUCUCCCUCCCACAUGUUUCUUUGACGGUUCUGUUCCCGGCAACAAGCCCCUCCUCUGGGACAAUUCUAAUAUUGUAGAGAGCUACGCUGGAGUCACAUCUCCACUCACGUUCUCGUUCAUUUCUCACGUCUACAUGGAGGUGUAUGUUCUCACCCUCCGUGAAGUGGGUGUGCCCUCAUCCAUUGUGUCCGAACUACGUCCUAACCUCGAGAACAUGUUGGGUCUCAUCCGUGGCAACGUGUACUACAACAUGAUCAGCUGGUACCGUUGUCUCACUUGUAUCCCCGUUGGAGACACGUCCAAGUACAUGGAAACUAUGAUGGGAGUUAAACAGAACCUGGGGCCUGAGAUGGAUGCCAUUCUUGGUAAGAUAAGAGACACAGCACCCAAGUACUCACUCUGGGACAAAAGCAAGGUUUUUCUUUCGAUGUUGCACAAGAUCUACUACAUUGACUCUCUAGUGAGCCAAUUCUUUACUAACUUCAACACCCACUACGCUGAUGCCCUGGCAACCGACUUUGACAACCUCUCUCUCCCUGAGCAAGUUGACUAUAUCAAGCAUCUCUAUAAGAACCUGAUUGGUAAGUGGGAGGUUCCAGUGAUGAACGACACAUACGUCAUGCUCUUCUUUGGCCUCUUAAAGAAGUUAGUUGGUCAGUGGAUGAACCUGGACUCAGACAAGGCUCAGUCACUUCAAAAUGAUCUCCUCUGUGGACAGGGAGAUGUUGAGAGCACAGAGCCAACCAAAUCCCUCAUGAGGAUUGCCGAGUAUAUUGACACGUGUGAGCAGAGGGAGGAGCUGAGGGUGUGGUUUGCUCAGUGUCAGGCAGAGGUAAUGGACAUGCUCGCGGCUGAGGAAGGGAGGGUGGCAGCUAUCAGAGAGAGGGCCAGGGUGGAGCCAAUAGGAUCGACCGGCCUGAGGCAAAGAAAGAUGCAAUCAACAGCUGCUAUGAAAACUGAAGCGACCCAAGAUUCGUCAGAUCCACUGCAUCAGUCUAAGGUGAAUGUGGUCCAGUCCAUUCGGAGGUUUCUAAGCAAGUAUGGCUUCCGUUGUAUCAACGAGCUGAAACUAGAAGAGAAGACUCUGCAUGACGACCCAAGCUUUGUGCUGAACAUUAUAGCAGGCUACGUGCGUACUAAACAUUACUCUAUAUCGAAUAUGGAGGAGAGAGAAAAGCAGAUACGAGUUAAAGCUGAGGACGUUGUUAACUCCACUCUUCCUUUUCCCAAAAGAAUCAUCUUGAAUUGGGUUUUGUUCCACGCCAGAAGGGGGGUCAGGCACCGGGAGAACACGAGGUUUGCUCGUACGAAAUUAUUCGGUGUCUUUCGUACACUGUUUCGGAGCAUUGGGAAGAAUUUGACAGCUCUAGGACUGCUGAAAGACCAACAGGACGUGUUUUAUCUGACUACUGGGGAGCUAUUUGCAUUUGUUGAUGGGAGAGGAGUGACCAAUCAUCUUGCAGGUCUUGUGGAGCUACGGCGCCAAGAAUAUGAUGGAUACAAGAAGAGUAUACCACCCCCUGAGAGGUUCAUAACGAGAGGGGCAGUGACCCCGUGCCUCCUCUACCCUGCUGUACUCACGGACCUUGACCUGCUACAAGAUAUGGAAACAGCUGCCUCAGCUGACCCCGACACUCUGACGGGCACCCCGUGUUGCCCUGGUGUAGUGGAGGGUGUGGUCAGGGUCGUGAAUACCAUUAAUGAGACACAGGGUCUUGAUGGUGAGAUCCUGGUUACUGCUCGUACUGACCCCGGCUGGGUCCCCCUCUAUCCUCUCUGCUCAGGACUAGUCAUCGAGAGGGGAAGCCUCCUCUCUCAUUCAGCUGUGGUUGCACGAGAACUCGGCCUACCCACAAUAGUGGGUGUGUCGGGUGGUCUAAUGAAAAGACUCAAGACAGGGAUGAGGGUGCACAUGGACGCAGGAAGGGGGCGUGUCACUAUACUACGUGAUAACCUUGACGACAAGGAAACUUAAUCAGUAGUUACUAAACAAUUAUAGCCUUUAAUGUGAUAAUUUUUUCUCCUUUCAUAAUGUACGAACUGUGCACUGUUCUGAAACUGACAAG